AUGUACCGAGCAGACACAAGAGGCCCCAUGGGCAUAGACGAUCACUGGGACUUGGAAGUAUUUGUGAUCGCCCCCUCCUGCUCGUUCGACAUUGUGUUGGGGGUGGGUUGGCUGGCCAGGCACCAAUCGAAAAUAGAGUGGGGGGAGCACACCAUAGACUUCAUCGACAGACGGUACACCUCCCACCUGUGGCGAGAAUUGUGGGGCCCCAGACCACCCCCUAAGAACAAAAAGAUUUGUGUGACCAUAGAGGAAAUAAAGACCAUCCCACGAGAGUACCGGGAUCUGAAGGGGGCAUUCAGCGAGAUCGAGGCCGAUGAGCUACCGCCUCAUCGGAGCACCGACUGUGCCAUAGAGCUCAUCCCGGGCCAGUCGCUACCCAAGGCAAAACUUUAUUCCAUGGGGUGGGUGGAAAAGGAGGAAUUACGGAAGUUCCUGGACAAAAACCUGCGCAGGGGCUUCAUCCGCCCAGCCACGGCGCCCCACGCUGCCCCUGUCCUCUUCCGAAAGAAAAAGGACGGGAGUCUGAGGCUUUACUUGCUGAGUGAGGUCUCAAAGGGGUCGAUAUUUACCAAGCUCGACCUGCGAGAUGCCUACUUCAGAGUGAGCAUCAAGGAGGGGGAUGAGUGGAAAACUGCCUUCAACACUCCCAUGGGGCAGUUCGAAUACUUAGUGAUGCCAUUCGGUCUCCAGGGGGCCCCGGGGGUGUUCAUGAAUUUUAUCAACGAUGUGCUGAGAAAGUAUUUGUACCAGGGGGUGGUGGUGUACCUGGAUGACAUCAUUAUCUAUUCCAAGGACCUAGCCUCACACGUGAAACUAGUCCGGGAGGUCUUGGACACCCAGUAUCAAAAUAAAUUUUACGCUAAGCUGUCCAAGUCCUUGUCCGUCGAGAUCCAGGUGGUUCGAAGUGGCAUCCUCAAGCCCCCGAACUGGAACCCAUUCUGGCUCUGCAUGUCGCUCUUCCUGGCCAUGAUCCUGUUGUGCGUGGCCCUGUGCUGUCUCCAGCGCUGGCUCACGAGGUGCAGGCGCCUCUCCUCCCAGCGCACGGUUGCGGUGUUUGCCCUCAGCGAUGUUGAUUCGGUGUACGGUGAGUCGGACACGGAGAGGGCUGGUCAAGUGACGAAAGGCAUCUUGACCCAGUCGGAGGUGACCCAAGAAAAGGGGAGGAUGGAAGAGCAUGACCCAGAAGGAGCUGCAGCUGGCAAGACAGCAAGCAAAGGCCCCCCUCCCACCCAAGCUGGGAGUGGUGGUGAAGGCUGGGAAAGCCCCAUGCCAGAGACACGUUCCCAGGUCACAGAGAUCUCAGAGGUGCAUGGCCAACACUUCCAGCAGUUCCAGUACCAUGAGGCUGUUUCUACAGUGGUCCAGUGCCCCUUUGCCUUUGAGGACGUGUCUGUCUGUUUCACCCCAGCAGAAUGGGACCUGCUGGAUCCGGGCCAGAAAACUCUCUACAGGGAAGUCAUGCGGGAGAACUAUCUGAGCGUCAUCUCUCUGGGUACUUGCCGAGGGGCAGCUGAGACCAGUGUUGUGGCCAUCACCCGAGCCAGAGAAGGUGUCCUGGCCAGAGGCAAAGACCAGACUGAACUCUACAAGGGCCGGGGCCUUCUCGGUGGUAGUGCCGAGGAUGAUCAGAGAAACGAGGAGGGUGGGGAACUUCUCCAGCAUUUGCCAGAUCAAGAUCAAGACUUGAAAGAAAACAAAAGAUAUCGAAGCAGACCUAAAAGAAAGGAAGGCAGCUGUAAGGUUGAGAAGAGGAAAGAGAUUAAUGUAUAUUUUCCAAAGCAGAGAAUAAUUAAGGCAUCUACAUCCAAUCAGUAUAGAAAGUACUUCAAAAAUAGAUCACAGCUCCUUGUGCACCAAAGAGUACACAAAGGCAAGAAACCUUCUGAAUGCUCUGAGUGUGGAAAGAGAUUCAGUCACAGUAGCACUCUUAAACGGCACCAAAGAACCCACACAGGGGAGAAACCUUUUGAAUGCUCAGAGUGUGGGAAGAGAUUCAGUCAGAGUGGCAAUCUUCGACUGCAUCAGAGAACCCACACAGGGGAGAAACCUUUUGAAUGCUCAGAGUGUGGAAAGAGAUUCAGUCACAGAGGCACUCUUCAACUGCAUCAAAGAACCCACACAGUGGAGAAACCUUUUGAAUGCUCAGAGUGUGGAAAGAGAUUCAGUCACAGAGGCACUCUUCAGCUGCAUCAAAGAACCCACACAGGGGAGAAACCUUUUGAAUGCUCAGAGUGUGGGAAGAGAUUCUGUCGGAGUGACCGUCUUCAGCAGCAUCAAAGAACUCACACAGGGGAGAAACCUUUUGAAUGUUCAGACUGUGGGAAGAGAUUCAGUCAGAGUGGCAAUCUUCAACUGCACCAGAGAACCCACACAGGGGAGAAACCUUUUGAAUGCUCAGAGUGUGGAAAGAGAUUCAGUCACAGAGGCACUCUUCAACUGCAUCAAAGAACCCACACAGUGGAGAAACCUUUUGAAUGCUCAGAGUGUGGAAAGAGAUUCAGUCACAGAGGCACUCUUCAGCUGCAUCAAAGAACCCACACAGGGGAGAAACCCUUUGAAUGCUCAGAGUGUGGAAAGAAAUUCAGUGACCGUGGCAAUCUUCGACACCAUCUAAGAACCCACACAGGGGAGAAACCUUUUGAAUGUUCAGAGUGUGGGAAGAGAUUCAGUCAGAGUGGUAAUCUUCAGCAACAUCAAAGAACUCACACAGGGGAGAAACCUUUUGAAUGCUCAGAGUGUGGAAAGAGAUUCAGUCAGAGUGGCCUUCUUCAGCAGCAUCAAAGAACUCACACAGGGGAGAAACCUUUUGAAUGCUCAGAGUGUGGAAAGAAAUUCAGUGACCAUGGCAAUUUUCGACACCAUCUAAGAACCCACACAGGGGAGAAACCUUUUGAAUGUUCAGAGUGUGGAAAGAGAUUCAGUCGGAGUGGCCAUCUUCAACUGCAUCAGAGAACCCACACAGGGGAGAAGCCUUUUGAAUGCUCAGAAUGUGGAAAGAAAUUCAAUGACCGUGGCAGUCUUCGACACCAUCUAAGAACCCACACAGGGGAGAAACCUUUUGAAUGCUCAGAGUGUGGAAAGAAAUUCAGUCAGAGUAGCCAUCUUCAGCCGCAUCAGAGAACCCACUCAGGGGAGAAACCUUUUGCAUGCUCAGAGUGUGGAAAGAGAUUCAGUCACAGUGGCACUCUAAAUCUGCAUCACAGAACCCACACAGGGGAGAAACCUUUUGAAUGCUCAGAGUGUGGAAAGAGAUUCCGUUACAGUGGCCAUUUUCGAAAGCAUCAGAGAACGCACACAGGGGAGAAAUCUUCUGAAUGUUCAGAAUUUGUAAAGAGAUUCAGUUAG